CCAUUGUUCUUGAUGAUGCUGGUUCUCCUUUUUGUUAUGGUUUGUGGAGUCUACAUUUGCUCAUUCUGUUUAAAGCAAAUAAGCACCCACACAAAAGCCAAAUCGCUAAACAUAGAAUUGAUGGACAAGCCAUGUCAUCAUGCGCCCUCUAUUGAACAAUGGGAAGUUCCCUACGUGCAUUAUCCAACACCCCAAACGUUUAACAGAGAGGAAUGUGCAUGCAAUCCGGUCCGGUUCUUUGUCAUCUUGUCAAUGCAGAGAUCUGGGAGUGGAUGGUUUGAGACGUUAUUAAACAGUCACAUCAAUGUAAGCUCGAAUGGAGAAAUUUUUUCAGUUAGGGAUAGGAAGAUUAAUAUUUCUUCCAUUGUGAGGACAAUGAAUAAAGUUUAUAAUCUUGACUGGUUCAGUAGUGCUUCCAAGAAUGAGUGCUCCGCUGCUGUUGGGUUCAAAUGGAUGCUUAAUCAGGGUUUGAUGGAGCAUCACAAAGAGAUAGUGGAGUACUUCAAGAAGCGAAGCAUUUCUUCCAUAUUCCUCUUCAGAAAGAAUUUGCUUCGUCGAAUGAUCUCUGUUCUUUCAAACUCCUUCGACAGAGAUGCUAAGCUACUAAAUGGAACCCACAAGUCUCAUGUGCAUUCCCCAGUGGAGGCUCAAAUCCUAGCAAAAUACAGACCAAAAAUCAAUGCAACAUUAUUGAUACCUGAGCUGAAACAAGUAGAGGAGACAACUGCCAAGGCUAUAGAAUACUUUAAGACCACCCACCACAUAGUUCUCUACUACGAGGAUCUUGUCAAUAAUCGCACGAAACUUAAAGAGGUCCAAGAAUUUCUAAGUUUACCAUACAAAGAGCUAACAAGCCGACAGGUUAAGAUACACACUGCCCCCUUGUCGAAGCAAGUUCAAAAUUGGAAAGAUGUCGAGAAAGCAUUGAAAGGUACAUCAUAUGAGAGAUUCCUCAAACGUAGCCUUCCACACACCCUUAACAUCUUGUAG